CAUGUCCGCUGUCACGUGUGCCCUGCUGUGGUCCCUGUCCCUACUGAUGACCAUCCUGGAUAAAAAUAACUGUUUCCAUCUGUUCGAUUCAUUAAACCAUCCCAUGUGUCAGGUAUUUGACUUCAUCAGACUGCCAUGGUUUAUUUUGUUAUUUGUGCUUCUCUCUGGGUCCAGCCUGGUUCUGAUGACCAGACUGCUGUGUGGCCCCCACCGGGUACCACUAACCAGGCUCUACGUGACCAUCAUGCUCUCAAUGUUGGUCUUCCUGCCCUUGGGCAUCACCUGGUUCCUCUCAUUCUGGUUUUCAGAUGACUUUAAUACCAACCAUCUUUCCAUGACGCUAUUACUUCUGUCCUGUGUUAACAGCUGUGCCAACCCCAUCAUUUACUUCUUAGUUGGGUCCUUCAGGCAGCGAUGGCGGAAGCGGAAACACACCCUGAGGCUGGUUCUCCAGAGGGCUCUGCAGGACACUCCUGUGGUGGAUGAACCUGGAGAAAGCCUUCCUGGGGAAACCCUGGACAUGUCGGAAAGCAGUCCGGGGCAGUGAUGAAGAGCCUCAGUCCUGAUCUGUCUGAAGUAACUUUGAGACUCACUGCUGCCCUGCCAGGCUUGGAAAGUAUCUAUUCUUCUCUGAGCCUCAGCCCCAAAAUAUUUCAGUGAUGCCCCAAUCUCUUCAAAUAGGUUGUUUUUCAU